AUGGAUUCAUCUAAUAGAUUAUUCAAUUUCCAAAUUACAUAUGGAAAACAAACCUUGACCAUUCAAAACUUUAAUAAACAAACAAAUUUCGAACAAAUCCACAAAUAUAUAUGUAACUCAUUUGAUUUAAAUUCACCAAAGUCAUAUCAAAUAGUAUACUAUGAUCCUGAGACAUUGUCUUUUGUCGAUCUCAAAGAUCCAUUACAUCAAGGAUUCAAUUUAUCAAAUAAUAUCCAUUUUUUUGUAGUAAAUAAUUCAUCUAUACAUUCAGAUAUUUCUUCUCACAAUGCUUCAGAUAUUCAAAUAGAUCAAGCUAUACUACAUAUUAACAAUGAAAAUUCAUCGAGUAAUGAAAAUUAUUCGUUUAAUAUAGAUGUAUCUGUAGACAGUAUUAAAGCUGACGAUGAUAGUUUACAAAUUGACAUGGAAUAUUCACAUACAAUGAAUGAAGAUUUAGUGUCAAAUCGACUUUUCUUCUCAUUAGAUGUGAAGCCUACUCAACGAGAUAUGUAUAAAUCUGAUCAAUUUAAUUCUAGUUCAGAAAAAGCUAAUGGACGUAUCAGUCGUGUACAAGGUAUCAAAGACGUAUCCGAAAAAAUGCGUCAAGUACUGCCGAAACUUCGAAUUCCUUCAAUGUAUCAUAAAUUAAAUGUAAAACUUCUUGUAUUUGUUGUAUCUGAAGAUUUACAAAAUGGAAUGCGUAUUUGGUCUAAACAUUGUCAUAAAGGAUUUUUACCGGAGAAUUUUACAAAAGAUACAGAAACAAUAAAUCCUAUUGAAUUUGAUUUGAGUAAAUGUAAUUUAACAAAUGAAGGAGAUUUUGCAUUAAGUGUACAAAUGAUAACGAAAUGGAAUAAAUCUUCUAGAGAAGUUAACGAAUUUUAUCGACUCGAAGAUAAUAAAACGAAACUGAUACAUUCAGCACCACAUGAUUCACAUUCUCCGCGUUUACUUUGUGUGAUUCAACGAAAUGGUAUUAUUGAAUGGAAUACACUUUGUUUAUCAGAUUUUAUUAAAUCACCAAAACCUGCAAAACAUGCAUAUUCAAAUAUUAAUUCAGAUCAAACGCAUUCAUCACCUCACAAACGUUUGAAAACUAGUAAUUAA